CCGCCCCCAGAGCGUCUUCCGGCGGGAGCUGUGCGGCUCCUUACCAUGGGGACAAUUCAUCUCUUUCGAAAACCACAACGAUCAAUUUUUAGCAAGUUAUUGCAAGAAUUUGGACUUGUAGCCUCUGACCGCAGGUCCUGGAAGAUCCUGCUCUUUGGUGUAAUAAACUUAACAUGUACUGGUUUCCUUCUCAUGUGGUGCAGUUCCACUAACAGUAUAGCUUUAACUGCCUAUACUUACUUGACCAUUUUUGAUCUUUUUAGCUUAUUGACAUGUUUAAUAAGUUAUUGGGUAAUGAUGAAGAAACCUAGUCCUGUGUAUUCAUUUGGAUUUGAACGACUGGAAGUCCUGGCAGUAUUUGCCUCAACAGUCAUGGCACAGUUGGGAGCUCUCUUUAUACUAAAAGAAAGUGCAGAACGCUUCCUGGAGCAGCCUGAGAUACACACGGGCAGAUUACUGGUCGGCACCUUUGUGGCUCUGUCUUUCAACCUGUUCACGAUGCUUUCUAUCCGGAAUAAACCUUUUGCUUAUGUCUCUGAAGCUGCCACUACGAGUUGGCUCCAAGAGCAUGUUGCAGAUCUGAGUCGGAGUUUAUGUGGGAUUAUUCCAGGACUCAGCAGUAUAUUUCUUCCCCGGAUGAAUCCGUUUGUUUUGAUAGAUCUUGCUGGAGCCUUUGCUCUCUGCAUUACAUAUAUGCUCAUUGAAAUUAAUAAUUAUUUUGCUGUGGACACGGCCUCCGCCAUCGCCAUCGCCCUGAUGACCUUCGGCACCAUGUACCCCAUGAGCGUGUACAGCGGGAAGGUCUUACUCCAGACAACACCACCCCACGUAAUUGGCCAAUUGGAUAAACUCAUCAGAGAGGUGUCCACCUUGGACGGAGUUUUGGAAGUCCGAAAUGAACACUUCUGGACGCUGGGCUUCGGUUCGUUGGCUGGAUCAGUGCAUGUACGGAUUCGACGAGAUGCCAAUGAACAGAUGGUCCUUGCCCAUGUGACCAACAGGCUGUACACGCUGGUCUCCACUCUCACCGUCCAGAUCUUCAAGGAUGACUGGGUCAGGCCUGCGCUGGUGUCUGGGCCUGUGGCUGCCAAUGUCCUGAGCUUCUCAGACCAGUAUGUCAUCCCCAUGCCACCUUUAAAGAUGGCCGAGGACGUGAACCCCGUGACAUCCACCCCAGCCAAAGCCAGCAGCAGCCCUCCUCCAGAAUUUUCUUUCAAUACGCCUGGGAAAAAUGUGAGCCCGUUCCUUUUUUUAAACACACAGACAAGACCUUACAGCAUGGGCCUUCCUCAUGGACACUUACCCUAUAACAAUGUGCUUCAUCAGGGACUUGGAGCGCCAGGAGCUGGUGCCCCUCAAGAAUUCAGGACUGGAUUUACCCAUAUACCAAGUAGAUAUGGGACAAACAAUAGACUUGGGCAACCAAGACCAUGAUCAACUCAAGUUUAACUUAUUUUUAUGAGGACUUUUGACCCCUUGGCUUCCAGUUUAUUUAGUAAUCCUCCUUUGCAUCGACUGUUCAGUCAUUUAAACCUUGGAGAACAGAGGUUUGUUCACAUUGAGUGAAACAGUGAAACUAUAUUUUUGUAAAAUGUGUUCGGUUGGUGAGAUUUUAAGUAGACUUCCUUUAGAAAAUGUGUUUCUCCACAUGUGAAUUUUGCCCUUUGAUUUUCUACCUGGCUGCACUGUGAUAGGAUAUUACCGUUUGGAGAGAGCCAUUUGAUUGAAUGAAUAUCUCUUUAUUGAAGAAUAUAGUAUUUUCCCCAGUGAAACAUAAGCAUAUAUCUCAAAUAAUGAAAACUGUUUUGUUUUGAGGUCCUCCUGAAUUAUGUCUUGCAAAGGAAGAAUACUUUCUAUUUAAUUAGAAAUUUUAGAACAUAACUUGUUAUCCAGCAUAAUUUAAAAAAUUUUAAUUACCAGGUUUUUUUUAAGGUUUUCUAAUUAAAAAACAGUACAUUUAAAAAU